AUGGCGAUAAACAUCUCGCGAGUAUCGACAGUUUUAUUAAGAGUUCGUGCCCGUAUAAUAUUUUUUUUUUGGUUUCAGUUGAUACCGCUCGUCUGCGUGCAAACUUGCGUGCUGCUCGCCCUACCCUUGAUGAUCUACCAUAGAUUGUUCGUUACCACGAUUGACGUUCAGCUGACCGAUUAUCAGAGAUUCGAAAUUCCGUCCAAACCGAGAUUUAUUGAUUUGCGAAAUCCUCGUUCUCUGAAGCUGAUAACAAUCACCAAGCCGAAACCGGCCAUUCAUCUGGACAAUCGCUACAGACUGAUGAGACACGAACCGAUGCUAGAUGCCGACGGCAAUGUGACCGAUAAGAUUGGAGAUGAUUAUUAUUAGUGGAAAAGAGACGGAAAAAAUCGCUCUUAAUUUAAAGAUAUACGUAAUUAUUGUAUACAUAUCGUGAUAUUCCUCGCUUAACGACGAUUGUUCAACGGUGACGGAAGGAGAGAAUUUCUUGGAUCAAUAAAGUGAAAUUUAAUCUUA